AUGACCCGAUUCUUUCAGAAAAGGGAGGGAGAAAUGGAUACCAUUACCACCAACCCGCCUGAAAGACUUCAAGAGCAGCACCUGGCAAUGGUUCCAGAGAAACCCACGGUUGUAGAAGAGGCCUUCCAGAAUGAACAAGGAGAGGAAGAACCCUCCGGUUUUCUGGAGAGAAUUCAGCAUCGGGUGCCUCAUCUCUACUAUGUGACGGUCCAGUUGAUUCUACCCUUGCUGAUUCUGAUUGGCAUGGCAUUCUUCUUUGGAUGGCUAUUAGCCCGUGCAGAAAUGAAGGGUGAGAUUGAAGCCAAUGAUGCUGCUCUCAGGAACACUUUUGAGACGUUCAUUGAGUACAUGGAACUGCGUCAGAAGAUCUGGAAAGCAACACCAGAGAUUUCUACGCAAUGCCUGGAAGAUCAUAAUGUGACACUUAGUGAUUAUGCCCUGGAACAAGUUCAAGAAUGUGCAGGCUUGGAAGCCAAGGAUAGAUUUCGUAACCAAAGCCUUGACUUCUUCUUUACACAAAACACACCUGAUGGAGCCAUGUCUUUCAAUUGGAUGACAUGUGACAAGCUCAACCUGCCAGGGCAAGAUGAAGCCAUUGAUCAGGAGGAUGUUUUGGAAGAGGCCCAAAAAUCGGGUUUGAACAGGGAGUCAAGCCAUGAUGUUCAAUUUGUUCUUUAUGUUUCUGCCUUUUAUUUGGAUCUAGAGGUUCUAUCCUACCUCGGUGCGGGGUUGAACCCUGAAGUGGAUCUUUAUGAAGAUGCUGCUCCAUUUACAGAAUAUGUUGAAAAAUCAACGGGAGGUGAUGCCUGUAGGGUGCAUGUUGCUGGUGGAGCCAUAUUUUGGUUUACAAUCAUGACAACAAUUGGCUAUGGGAACACAGCACCGGUAACACCAGAAGGUCGGGCACUGGUGAUUACGCUUGGCUUUCUAACAAUAAUUGGAUUCCUGGCACUCAACAACACUGCUGCUACAGUUAUUCGUGUAAUUGUGGAUGACAUGUUCUUGAGAUGCAACCUGAACUCUUUCGUACAUGGCCCUAUUGCUUGUAUCUUUUGGCUUGCAAUGACCAUCGUGUGGGUGCUUGUUCUGGCAGUGUCCAUAAUGGCAUACAAGGACAACAGGCUUGGUGGCGCUGAAGAGGCCAACUUCCCCCUUGGUGAUGCAUUUUGGUUUAGUUAUGUUACCACCACAACUGUUGGAUUUGGAGAUUUCCACUUGGAACAUGAAGAGUUCCAAGUUGGUGACAUGUUUUUCAUUCCCUUGUUGGUACUGAUUGGUUUCAACAUCUUGGGCAUCUUUGCGGAAAAGCUCAUUGAACUGUACAAUCAUUACUUUCCCGAGAGAAAUGGAUUUGAAGCCAUUCUUGAGCAAAGGCGCAGGAAAGCAAACGGAACUCAGGUAAAGACAAAAGUUUGGGUUUAG